UCUCUCACUGCGUUUUGGUGGUUCGUCCCCGAAUCAGAUCGCAGACCUCUCCGAUCUCGAGAUCCGCCGCCGCCGCCGCCGCCGGCCAUGGCGAUCCCCGGCACCCCCCUCCUCCUCCGCCUCCUCCUCCCGCCGAUCCUCUUCGUCGUCCUCGUCCUCCUCGCCUCGGCCGCCGUCGCGGAGAUCCGGUUCUUCGAGAUCCGAUCCGACGGCCAGCCCACCAUCCCGCUCGACGAGUUCGGGUUCACCCACCGGGGCCGCCUCGAGCUCAACGUCUCCGGCGUCUCGCUGCCGAUGAAGCCGCGCCCCCCGGGCCCCGCCGAGCUCGCCGGCGUCGGGUUCUUCCUCUGCACCGGGGACUCCUGGUUGAACGUGCGGAAGCAGCUGGAGGAGGGGGAGAUCGCCUGCGCCCUCCAGUCCGACUACGUCAAGCGCGUCCUCACCUUCGACAAGCUGGGCACGCGGACGAGCGCCGGCGCCGAGUUCACGCUGGACGACUCCAACCAGUACACGCUCGUGUUCGCCAACUGCCUCCAGCAGCAGCAGCUCCGCGUGUCCAUGGACGUCCGCUCCGCCAUGUACAACCUCGACGGGAAGAGCGGCCGGAAGGACUACCUCUCCGCGGGCAAGACCGUCCUCCCCUGGGUUUACUUCCUCUUCUCGCUGAUCUACUUCGUGCUCGCCGGCCUCUGGGUCUACGUCCUGCAUAAGAAACGGUUGACCGUGUUUAAGAUCCAUUUCUUCAUGCUGGCGGUCGUGCUGUUGAAGGGUUUGAAUUUGCUGUGUGAGGCGGAGGAUAAGUGGAUCAUUAAGCGGACGGGGACUGCGCAUGGCUGGGAUGUGCUGUUCUAUAUAUUCAGCUUCUUGAAGGGGAUCACCCUCUUCACUUUGAUCGUGUUGAUCGGUACCGGGUGGUCCUUUUUGAAGCCUUACCUGCAGGACAAGGAGAAGAAGGUUCUGAUGAUCGUUAUCCCGCUCCAGGUUGUUGCGAAUAUCGCCCAGGUGGUGCUCGACGAGACCGGGCCUUUCGGUCAGGAGUCGCUCACCUGGAAGCAGGUGUUUUUGCUGGUCGAUGUGGUGUGCUGUUGUGCGGUUCUGUUCCCAAUUGUCUGGUCGAUUAAGAACUUGCGUGAGGCUGCGCGAACUGAUGGGAAGGCGGCGGUGAACUUGAUGAAGUUGACCCUGUUUAGGCAGUAUUAUAUUGUGGUUAUAUGCUAUAUCUACUUCACGCGCGUAGUGGUGUAUGCGCUGGAGACCAUUACUUCGUAUAAGUAUCUCUGGACGAGCGUGGUGGCCGCGGAGUUGGCGACGCUGGCAUUCUAUGUGUUUACUGGGUACAAGUUCAGGCCCGAGGCUCAUAAUCCUUAUUUCGCUAUUGACGAUGAGGAAGAAGAGGCGGCAGCUGAAGCUUUGAAGCUUGAAGACGAGUUUGAAUUGUAAGCGACGGAUUAAGGGCUUUGGAAUUGGAAGUGGUGAAGCAGCUGGCAUAGUGGUCGGUUCGGGAUAUUUGAGGUAGAAUCUUAAGCAUUGUGAUUAUUUCAUAGUCUAAACCAUAUUAGGCAUGCCUGUGUAACAACAAUGUGUUUUUUUUUUUUUCGCGUUUUGCUGGUUCCAUACUUGUAAGAUGGUACAUACUGUCAAAUAUACAUCUGCCCUCUGGAUGAUA